AUGAAAGCUUCCCAGGCCGUGGUGAAAGCGCAAGGAUCCGAAACGUUGUUGCUGGCUCUCGCGGCCGUCACGACGACACCGCAAGCCGUGUUGGGUGCCUGCAGUUUGGAAGCAGCGUCGGAAUUAUAUGCGCAAAAGCGCCAAGUCUCUUUUCCGAAUGCGCCGGCGCAGACGCUUGAGGAUGCCACCCGGACAUUUGUCGCUGUCGUUGAAACCGAAAGCGUCGCGAAGUUGUACCAGGCUCAUGGUCAGCUCGUGCAGACGGAUCGUAAAGGAAUUCUCUCUAAGACACACGAAGCUAUCAAAGCUUGUUUAGACCCGGGGGUUGCGGACAUACUGGCUCAACGCGAGGCUGCCCAACAAGCGGCUCUCCAGCAAGAAGCUGCAGCUGGAAGCACGCCAUCUGCGGACCUGUCGGCGACGGCUGAGCCGAAUGAUACGACCGUUGAUACAGAACAGGCAGUGGAGGACCAGACAGCGGACCAGCACGGCUGGUAG